AUGAUUUGUCCUAAUAAUAUCGAUUAUAAUAGGAAGCUGGAUAAAGAAUCAGAUACAAAAAGGCGCAACAAUCGCAAAUUUCGAACAAAUUUCACCGAAAGUCAAAGUUUAAUCCUGGAAGAAUGCUUCCAACAAUCUCAUUAUCCAGAUAUUUCAUCAAAGAAAAGACUGGCAAUGUUGCUUCGCAUUCCUGAAGACCGUAUUACAGUAUGGUUUCAAAAUCGCCGAGCAAAGUGGCGUCGAAAAGAGUUAAAUGAAAAGCAAAAAAAAUAUUGCGAAGAAAGUAUGAAAAAUAUAGCAUCACAGGGCUGUAACGCUUCAAUGAUCAUAGAAUUGGAAAUUAAAUGGAAUGAUAGCCUUUUUUGUUUGGAUGAAGAUGAUGACCACGUUGGCAUUGCUGAACUUGCCGAAACUGUUGCUAUUAAAUAA